AUGGGUGUGCUGGAUGAGUAUGAGACGUCGGAGAAGCUGUCGAAGAUCUCAUUCGCCUCGAACUACUUCUACGAUGUCGGAAUGGGCUUCCCCAAACUCAGCAUGCUGGCUUUCUACUGGGCAUUCUUCAACCUCGCUGGUCACCCAGGACUCCGCAAGAUGCUCUUCGGUAUCACGGCUUUUGUCGUCGCGAGCUACCUGACCAUCCUUUUCGACGAUACCUUCUUCUGCGGCACACCUGUAUCCGUCCAGUGGUCUCAGGAGGAGGGCGCUUGCUCCGUUUUCUACGCGCCAGAGCCGUUCAUCUUGAACUUCACUCUCAACUUGGCUUGCUACCUCGCGGUCUACGCAGUUCCAGUGGUGCUUCUGAUGAAGGGUGUAUUGAGGUCGUCGGCUGGUGUUGGUCUUACAUUCGCGCUCGGUGCGCUCACUAUUGCCUCGAGCAUUGUGCGCUUCGCUUGCCUCAAGAUUGGGACAGGACAGGAAAACCUCGUUUAUCCUUUGAGUAUGGUGGAGAUGACUCUCUCAAUCAUUGUUGUUGCGCUGCCGGGACUCAAGCCACUUGCGAGGAAUACUAAGGUCUAG